AUACAAAUUUUUCACUGAGCGAGCAGUGAAGUAGCGAAUUGAAAGCGGCUUUUAUUUUCUAACUUAUUUUUCAUUUUAGUGAUAAGAGAUAGUUCAGUGUUUGUGAUCAACUGUUAGUUGGUAGUUCAUCAGAAUACUUGUAGUUGUUCAAAAAAAAAAAGAAAAGUAAAAUAGAAUAAAAAUGUGCACCUAUCGCAAAACGGCAGUACUUUUGCUCUCACUGAACUAUUUCGCUAUAGUUGCCGAUUCGCACUUGGCUAACGUGAAAGAGCGUGUUUGUCCGGAGCGAUGCAAUUUUCAAUUCAAUUGUGAUCCCUACUACAGUGGGCCCCCCGUGUGGGUAAUUGUCGAUGAUGUUUGCAAACUUUUCAAAACGGACUGCCUUUUCGCCACCGUCAAUUGUCAACGUCAAAAUGAAUGCAAGCCAAGAUUGACUACAACAUUUCAGCAAAUAUGCCAAGCGAAGUGCAUGGAUGGGUGCGAAAAUGCACCGAGUAAACCGGUUUGCGCUGCUUUUCCUUAUGUGACAGUGCAUGGCGAUCGCAAUGAUGGUAUGAUAACCUUUAGAAAUCAAUGCGAGUUGGACAAGUGGUCUUGCUGGAAUUCCAAAGCUUAUCUGCAAGUUAUCGAGGGUCCUUGCUUCUAAAAUACUUUGAUAGACACAUCUGGAUUUAAAAUUAUACUUUUUAAUUUGUAAUGAGUUUUUGUAGGAAAUUUUUGUGUAAUCUUGAUUAAAAUUAAUCGUCUGAUGAAAUGUGAUUGUAAAGUGUUGGGCGUUUGAUGUGGGUGAUGUACAGAGAGUAAUAAAAUAUGUAUAAUACGACUA